AGCACCCACAGCUGCUGGGAGUGGGGUGGGGUCUGCCGGGCGAGCAUUCCCGGCGGGUCCCGGUCUCGCGCGCGCACGUGUCUGCCUGCUCGCGCACGCGGUCCUGGCGCAGCCGGAAAGGAAUAAUGCUGUCAGCAUGUCUGCACACUCCAUGCUCUGUGAACGAAUCGCCAUCGCCAAGGAACUGAUCAAGAGAGCAGAAUCACUGUCUAGAUCAAGAAAAGGCGGCAUAGAAGGUGGCGCAAAGCUGUGCAGCAAAUUGAAGGCAGAGUUAAAAUUCUUACAGAAAGUAGAAGCCGGGAAAGUAGCAAUUAAGGAAUCCCAUCUGCAGAGCACUAACCUAACACACCUAAGAGCCAUCGUGGAAUCAGCAGAAAACUUGGAAGAAGUUGUUAGUGUUCUUCAUGUCUUUGGUUACACAGAUACCGUGGGAGAAAAGCAGACCCUUGUGGUGGAUGUGGUUGCCAAUGGUGGUCAUACGUGGGUGAAGGCCAUUGGCCGAAAGGCUGAAGCUCUUCAUAACAUCUGGCUGGGCAGGGGCCAGUAUGGUGACAAAAGUAUCAUUGAGCAGGCUGAAGACUUCCUCCAGGCCAGUCACCAGCAGCCAGUGCAGUACAGCAACCCUCACAUCAUCUUUGCAUUUUACAACAGCGUCUCUAGCCCCAUGGCAGAGAAGCUCAAAGAAAUGGGCAUUUCUGUGAGAGGAGACAUAGUAGCCGUUAACUCUCUGUUAGAUCACCCAGAAGAGCUCCAGCCCAGUGAGAGUGAGUCAGAUGAUGAGGGCCCUGAAUUUUUGCAGGUGACCCAAGUGGACCGAGAAAAUAUUCUAGCAAGUGUUGCCUUUCCAACAGAAAUUAAGGUCGAUGUGUGCAAAAGAGUGAAUCUGGACAUUACAACUUUAAUCACAUACGUAUCUGCCCUCAGCUAUGGAGGCUGCCACUUUGUCUUCAAAGAGAAAGUGCUUACGGAACAAGCAGAGCAAGAGAGGAAGGAGCAGGUUUUGCCACAGCUGGAGGCGUUUAUGAAGGACAAGGAGUUGUUUGCCUGUCAUUCUGCUGUCAAAGACUUUCAGUCUAUUCUAGAUACCUUAGGAGGACCUGGGGAGAGAGAGAGGGCCACUAUGUUGAUUAAGCAAAUUAAUGUGGUGCCUGACCAGCCUUCUGAGCGUGCCUUGAGACUAGUGGCCAGUUCAAAAAUCAAUAGCCGCUCGCUAACAAUUUUUGGGACAGGAGACACUCUAAAAGCCAUCACGAUGACUGCCAAUAGUGGUUUUGUCAGAGCUGCCAACAACCAGGGUGUUAAAUUUAGUGUGUUUAUCCAUCAGCCUAGAGCACUUACUGAGAGCAAAGAGGCUCUCGCCACCCCUUUACCAAAAGACUACACAACUGCAAUGAACACUGAUGAUACCCUUUAAAUAUUGUCAUGGAAAUAAGUUAUUGAUACCAAAGGCUGGGUCUUCCCAUCUUAAAUGGGAAGGAAGAAAAGGAGGUCUAUAGUAAAAAUAAUACUUAGCACUCUUAACCUGUAGAGUUGAUUGUGUUUCAUCUAUAAAAUACAUAACCCAAAGUAGAAAAAGCACAAGAGACAAGCGAUUUGCCAAACUGCCUACAUUUUAGCAACCAAGAAAAUACAUCUAUAUAAAGCUUUUAGCUGUGUGACAGUACUUUUAUUUGAUAGAGUAGGGCAACAUCCCCCUAGUGGCAAGUGGCAUUUCAUGGGAUGUGGCUACCCUGCGUCUCGCAUAAAAUACCUGGAGAAAACUGAAGCUUGUUUUUCGUUAUAUUGGUUCAUCAUUCAUGUGGGUUGAGGCUGGGAAGUUUAUAAUUAGUUUUUGAUUAUGAAUGAAAAGAAACUUCUUGACUGCGCAUGUCAGGCAUACUCUGGUGCGAGCAUUUACAAAGAGUACAUUAAUACAGAAGAAAAUAAAGUGAAUACUGGGCAGGUGAAACCCAUGAACUGAUGUAUACACCUUUGUGAAAAGAAAGGUAAGUCCCACUACUGUACACCGGGGACAUUUCAUGCAAAAUACUAAUUUGAGGAAAUUGUAGAAGAAUUACCAAAACAUUUUAGAAGAAUUCAAAUUUUACUUUUAAGUACCAAGACUUCCCAUAUUGCAAGUAUUUGACUUAUAAAUACUGCCUUUCCUCUCUCUUUUGCAAGUGGCAAGUGACAGCUGCAUUACUUCACUCUUGUGAAAUGGUGGUAGGCGAUCCCAUGCUUGUUGCAUGACACAAGUUGUAAUUAAAAAUAAAUUUUUACGUCCACAUG